UAUUGCAUCCUCCAUCACUGGUGAGUGGUGCAGCGAUGAGCAGGACUUCAGGCUGCUGCAACAGCUGUCUGCACUACACGUUUGAUUAUGAAACACCAAAAACACUGGUUAUUCCGAACUUUGGGGUAGGAUGUGUCUUCAGGUUCACCCAGCUUCUGGUGGUGCUGUAUGUGGUGGGGUAUGUGUGUGUGGUGCAGAAGGCCUACCAAGACACAGACUCUGUAAUCAGCAGCGUCACCACCAAAGUGAAAGGUUUUGCCUUCACCAACACAUCUGACAUGGAGCCCCGGUUUUGGGACGUGGCUGAUUAUGUUAUCCCAUCUCAGGGCGGGAAUUCAUUCUUUGUUUUAACCAAUAUGGUUGUCACCCCCCGUCAAACUCAGUCACGUUGUCCUGAGCUUCCAAACCUAUCAGCUGAUUGCAUAGACGACUGUGACUGUAUUGAAGGACACAGUAAUCCUCGAGGCAAUGGCAUACAGACAGGGCUGUGUGAGAACUACUCCACAACUGCCCGGACCUGUGAAGUGCUCUCAUGGUGCCCCCUUGAAAUAGACACUAAGCUGCCUGAACAUGCACUGCUGGCUGCAGCAGAGAACUUCACUGUGUUGAUCAAAAACAGCAUAACGUACCCAAAGUUCAACUUUCACAGAAGAAACAUACUGUCACAGAUUAACUCCUCGUACCUGAAGAGGUGUGAAUUCAAUCCUACAACAGACCCUUACUGUCCCAUAUUCCGCCUUAAACACAUUGUUUUAGAAGCCGGGGAGGAAUUUCAAGACAUGGCUCUGAAGGGCGGUAUCCUCGGUAUUAUUAUUGACUGGAGCUGUGACCUUGACUGGUGGGCAGGGAAAUGUUACCCCAAGUACAGCUUCCGCAGGCUGGACAGCAAACAUCCUGUCAACAAUGUGGCUCCUGGAUACAACUUCAGGUUUGCAAAAUACUACAAGACCCAAGAUGGACAGGAAACUAGAGACUUAAUCAAAGCAUACGGGAUCCGAUUUGACGUCAUUGUAUUUGGAACUGCAGGAAAAUUUGGAAUUGUACCAACUAUAGUGAACUUGGGAGCAGCAUUAUCCUUCCUCAGUUUGGUUCCAGUGGUUUCUGACUGGUUUAUGUUGACAUGCAUGAGUAAACGAGAUCUUUACAGCAAACAAAAAUCCACAUAUCUGAAUGAGGACGCUGAGACUGAAUCAGUGUCAUUGGGCACCAGCUAUGGAACCCAGUAGCAUGGACACAUCAACAUGGGAACUUUUUUUUUUCAGCAGAGGGAUCUGAACCUGCAUUAAUCUUCAACAUCACUUGAUUUCUUC